AUGACCGCUUUGUCGCUGCUGUUCUUAGCCGUGUCGGCGGCCUCUGUUCUGGCUGAAUCCACUGUCUAUUUCCGUGAGCAAUUUGAAGACGGGGAUGCCUGGAAGAGUCGCUGGGAGGAAUCCAAGCACAAGAGUGACUAUGGCAACUUUGUCCUCACUGCGGGCAAGUUCUACGGUGAUGCAGAGAAGGACAAAGGUUUGCAGACGAGCCAGGACGCCCGCUUCUACGCGCUGUCUUCACGCUUCGACGACUUCAGCAACGCGGGCCAACCCCUCGUUAUCCAGUUCACCGUCAAACACGAGCAGAACAUCGACUGCGGCGGCGGCUACGUCAAAAUUUUCCCCUCGGACCUCAAGCAGGAAGACAUGCACGGGGACUCUGUCUACAACAUCAUGUUUGGUCCUGAUAUCUGCGGGCCUGGCACAAAGAAAGUUCACGUAAUCUUUAACUACAAGGGCAAGAACCAUUUGGUUAACAAAGACAUCAGAUGCAAGGACGACGAAUUCACUCACUUGUACACGCUGAUCGUCAACCCCGACAACACGUACGAGGUGAAGAUUGACAACAAGAAGGUGGAGUCCGGCAGCCUGGAGGAGGACUGGGACUUCCUGCCCCCCAAGAAGAUUAAGGACCCCGAAGCCAAGAAACCUGAGGAUUGGGACGACCGUGAGAAAAUCCCUGACCCUGAUGAUGUCAAACCGGAGGACUGGGACAAGGUUGAGAACAUUCCAGACCCCGACGCCAAGAAGCCAGAUGACUGGGACGACGAGAUGGACGGAGAGUGGGAGCCUCCCAUGAUCGCUAACCCUGAAUACAAGGGCGAGUGGAAACCCAAAGAGAUCAGCAACCCCGCCUACAAAGGCAAGUGGGUCCACCCUGAGAUCGACAACCCCGAGUACACCGCCGACGCUGAGAUCUACAAGUACAACAGCGUCGGCGUCAUUGGACUCGACCUGUGGCAGGUUAAGUCUGGCACCAUUUUUGACAACUUCCUGAUCACCAACGACCCGAAACUGGCUGAGGAAGUCGGCGACGACACAUGGGGCAAAACUAAGGACGCCGAGAAGAAAAUGAAAGACAGCCAGGACGAGGAAGAACGAAAGAUCCGCGAGGAGGAGGACAAACAGAGGAGAGAGGAGGCGAAGGACGACGAGGAGGAUGGUGAAGACAAGGAUGAAGAGGACGAGGAGGAAGACGGCGAAGAGGAGAACGAGGAUGAGGAGGAGGAAGACGAGGACGACGGAGACUCCCCCAUGAAGGAUGAGUUAUAA